AUGCCCGAUAUAAACUUUGACGUACUUCAAGACAGAGCCAUUGAUGUUGAUCCUGACAUCAGGUUUAUGGCGUUGGAAGACCUUCGUAAAUUUCUCACUGAUGAUGCAACCACAACCAGUCGAACUGCCAUCAACCAACACUUGAACAAAAUGAUUCCCAUUCUUUUGAAAAUGUUGAAUGACCCCAACCCGGAUGUACAGAACCAAGCUGUCAAGUCAUUUGAACCUAUGGUUAGGUACUUGAGCAAUGAUUCCAUCGUCAAACUAGUCAAGCAGUUAUUUGCAUUGGUUCAAGAGAGCAACAACAAGAAUUCAUCUUCGUCGAGAACUACAACAAGCUUUAGAAGCUUUACUAUUUCAAUACCCAACAUGGCUUUAAGAUCCUUGUUUGUACAGUCCAACUCUAGAGCCAAGUCAGACUUUGUUUCGGAUAAGUUAUCAAUAUCCAACUACAAAUAUGAUCGUGAGUUGGCUGAAUCUAUUAUGAAAUAUCUUGUGCCAUUAAUUUUGGAAAAUGAUACAACUAUUGAUAAUAUUGAGCUAUUGAUUGACUUGAUUAAUGAACUAGGCUAUGUGCUUGUCCAAGGGGAGUUGGUCAAAUUAGGAAGGUAUUUUAUCAAUGUUGGAUUCAAUGAGCUGGGAUUCAUUGGGAAAAAGGCAAUUGUUGGACUCGAUGGGGUAACAGUGUUGAUUCGCGCUUCUAUUGCCAUUGAUGACUUGGUUGAUGAAGUGUUGGUCCAAGUUGAACAAUCGAAAUUGACCAAUAAAUCAUUUGUUUUGUACCAAUUGUUUUCCGUCAUUUUGAAAAGAGGAAUCAAGCCUACCAAAGUUGACCAAAUUUACAGUAUAGUUGACCUAGAAAUAGAGUCAUCCAUUACAGGCAGUGAUGAUGAAGACUUGGAUUAUGAUUUACUCGAACAACAAAAUGCUUUAAAGGAAGAAGCAUUUACGACGUUGAUUGACUUGGUGAAUGAAAACUUCUUAUCAACAAAGUACAAAAAUGAGGUUCUUUCUAUAAUCACCAAGUUCCUCAAGUAUGAUCCUUUGCAUGGCGAUAGUGAUGAGGAUAUCGACUCAGACGGUGAAGAUGAUAUUGUAUUUAGUGACGACGAAAUUGAAGCUGGCGAUGAUCUGGAUUAUGAUAACUCGUGGAAAUUGAGAGCAAAAGCUACCAUAUUAGUCCGAGCUUUACUCUCAGGCUUCCCUGACACUUUGGAGAUCUUGUCAAAGCAAGUCUUGCCAAUAUUGCCUCUCAGUGACUCAAAUGACCAAGUGGUGGUUGAAGCUGCCAAAUCGUGCAUUGCAAUUGUUCAAUCCACAUCCCCACGUGAUGCUCAAAAUGUUUCGCCAAUAGGUCUGAUAUUGCGCGACCGCUUGGAAGAUGUAAAGGAGGAACAAUUGCCGUUGUUUCUUCGCAUCGUUGAAAGUUUAAACCGAUUUGAUAAUGCGUCAUUGAUCGAGUCCACUUUUGCUGUAUUGAGCCUGCGGAAUAUUGUUUCUUCCGGCUCGUUAGAUUACUUGCAAUUCUAUUCAAGUGUGUUGAAGUUCCACGACAACCUCGAUAGCAAGAUUAUUGAACGUAUCUCGAGAGAUAUUGCUACCAAUCUCGAUGACAAGUCAUUCAAUUUGAUCUUGGAAACUUUGAGAUGCCUUGGUUUACUUUUGAAACAUAAAGAAGCUUCAAAGAUCUCAAAUAUUGAUGGAAUAUUAAGCUCGUUGACAGACAAGGUGGAGAACAGUAAACAAUACCCUAGUGAUUUGGUACGCCUUGCAAUUAUUUGUCUUGGUGAAGCUUUGGCCAGUAACUUGACUUCAUCAGAGGGCAAGAUUUUAGAAGUUUUCAAAACGUCGAUUGGCUAUGAAGGAAUAAGCAAGGUAACUAUUGACGUGCUUAAGAAAUUGUACCAUUUGAAGAACGUACCAGAGGAUUAUUCAUUGUAUAUUAUUGACAAGUUGACCAACUAUCUCCUCUCUAGCAAUGAAGCCACCUCAUUAGCUACAUUGUCAUUAUUGAGCAUGAUUAUUCAAAAGUUGCCACCCAAAAAAUACGACGGCAUAAUCACCAAUUUGUUGCAGUUACUUCAAGUUACAAGCCCAUUAAACUAUCCGUACAUUUUUCUGAUUUUCAAUCACUUGUCAAGGGAGGUGAUACAAGAUGACGAAUACAGAGACCCAUUGAUACAAGUAUUAAUCAGUUUGGUUAACGACAAGAAAAUAAAUGGCGACGACAAGUUAUUCUUUCAAUUGGUUUCAGCUGCAUGUCAAUUGGACAAUUCAAUUUACUCUCAAUUGGAGCAAAACUUGUCACCAGGUCUCCAAGUGACACCAAAAAUUUUGGCUGUUUGCACGGACAGUCAAACAAGACAAGAGUUGAUCACAAAGAGACUGAAUGAGUUUCAAAAAUACUAUACUACGGACAUCAACAACCCUCAAUUUGCAUUUGUCAUCCUAUUUUUGGCUUAUUCAAAUAGUGAUAUACCAGGUUUACUGGUUGAUUUCUUAAUUGGGCUUCUACAGAAACCCGCUUUCACCAACGAUGCCAAUGUCCAAGCAGCCUCAACUGCAUUAGGGUUGCUCGCAAAAGACAAUGCCACAGCUUCAAUUGCACGGAUCCUCGAUGUAUACAAGAAAGAGCUGCUGUCAUUAGUUCGAGGUUCCUUAAUCGACUCUUUGAAAAUGGUUGUGGAGCAGUGUGACGAAGAGCAAAAAUUAUUGCAAAUAUGGCACACAAUUUUUGGAUUACAAGUAGAUUACAGCCAUGAAUUGGUUCCUGAGUUGAGGAGAUCUGGUGAACUUCUUGGCUCAAUUGCAACUUCAAUUGGCGAGUCAGAAGUCAGGCAAGUUGCCAAUGAUCAAACAGAUUCAAGAAGAAUAUAUCUCGUUUUAGUGAUUUCAAAGUCGUUAAUAAGUGGUCUUGAACUGUCCAACUCUAAUGAAAAGCUAUUGACAGAUUUGGUUACCGCGUCCAUUAACUGGUUAGACAUUGUUGAUGUUGAUAUAAGACAAAUUGUUGUUGGAAACUUGCUAACUGGUAUCCACAGUAAACCAAAUAUCAUCUUGCCCCUUUUGAACAAUUUGAUCUUGCCUCAUUUGUACAAGCAAUUGACAGCGGAAAAGGAAUUCAAAAAAGUAAUUACUAUGGGUCCAUAUAAAUACGUUCUUGACCAAGGAUUGGAGAUAAGAAAGCUAUGCUACGAGUUCAUUUACUCCAUAUUGGCUAUUGACGAAACUACACUUGCCAAGUACAAUAUCGAUAUUUCACUGAUUGCUCGUAACAUUAUUGAAAAGGGGUUGAUUGAUGACCAAUCGGAUAUUAUACUUCUUGCUUGUAUGAACUUGCUGAAUUUCCUUGAUUUGCAUGAAGCACAAUUUAAAGAGUUGAUAAAAAAUUCCAACCAAGAGUUUACGUCCAAUUUCAUCAAUGGAUUGAAUACUCAAUUGAACAAAAAAUUGUCGGCAAAAGCAUCAACUCAAGAAACCGAGAACCACCAGGAACGAGUCAAGUCUAUUAUCAAGUUGUCAAAGAGGAUCAAUGGUGUGAUUGAAGAAUUACACCCAGAACUCAGCGGUACUACUGACUUGAUUGACGCUUGGAACCAAUAUCACAACAGUGUCAAGCAGAAUUUUGCUGUAUUCUACAAUAGUGCAAAAGUGUAG